AUGAGUAAGCAACAAAGUCAAAUUGAUCAGUGCAAAGAUGCCCAGGACAAUGAAUUUGUUAGUGAUCCGGAAGAUUGUAGUAAAUUUCUCCAGUGCAGCAACGGCGAGGGAACAUCGAUAAGUUGUCCGCCCGGAUUUUUGUUCGAUCCGGAACAGAAGAUCUGCAACUUUGAAGAUCAAGUGGUGUGUGAAACCCCUGCAGCUACAACAAGCGAUCCAUCAACUGUUGUCCCGGAUACAACAACUCCAUCUCAAACAACAGCUGUCACUGAAUCCACUACAGGCAUGACAACCACCACAGUACCGGAUCUUGAGCCAGAGGAAUUCUGUAAGGCGGCAGAUCCCUCUAAACCAGUCUUUCACCCUAGCAGCACCAACUGUGGUCAAUAUUACAUUUGCAUCAACAGAAAUCCGUUCCUACUGAGUUGUGCCAAGGGUCAGCAUUGGAACCAGGAAAAACAGUUCUGUGAUAAUCCGGGUGCCGUCAACUGUCAGAUCAAACCGCAGUUUCCGGAAUGUCCCAUGGAGGGGUCUGCCUUCUUUCCGCAUCCAGAUAAAUGCGAUCUGUUCCUGUUCUGCGACGAGGGUCAAAUCUCAGUGCAGAAGUGUCCGUAUUUCUAUGAGUGGAAUGCGCAACAAAAAACUUGUGUUUUACUGGAGGGAUCCAGCUGUGUCUAUUGA